AUGUCAACUAUAUCACCUUCUGCAUUGCAGAGCCUUGAUCCGGAGAGCAGAAAAGAGAUGAUGCAGUUCAUCGAAGCCGAACAAUCAAAAUCAAAAGUCCAAUCAUCGAUUCACAAUUUCACUGACAUGUGUUUCAAGAAAUGCAACAAAGAUAAGCCAAUAACAUCAUCAACUUUGGAUAAUAGAGAAGAACAGUGUUUGGUGAACUGUCUAAACAGGUUCUUGGAUACAAACAUCAAAGUGGUUGAAGCUUUACAAGGGAGAUAG